ACAGAUGUCAAAUCUCUUCAUUCUUCGAAAUUACGCUCAAAAAGUGCCCUCUACCAUACCUUCAUCUAUCCUGUUCUCCAGCUCUUCCAAAUCUCUCACAAUCUAUGAUAGUUUUCCCAAGUCUAUUUUUCACUUUCUCGUCCUGCCUCGGGUGCAAUCAGGAUCAUCGAUAGACAUAGAUGACUUGGAGAGUCUCAAGACUCUGUUUGCGCGCGACAAGGAAGAGGCCAAAACAAUUUUGAACGCACUCAAUGAGGAUGCACAGGGGGUCAAGUGCGAAAUUGAGCAAGAGAUGCAGACACGGUAUGGAUUCAAAUGGCCUAUUUGGAUUGGCUUUCACGGUGCUCCCUCAAUGCACCACCUACAUCUUCAUGUGAUAUCUUCCGAUCUCUGCUCGGAGAGACUGAAGAACAAGAAGCACUACAACUCCUUCCAUCCGAAAUUAGGCUUUUUCCUUCACAUCGAUGAUGUACUCUCUUGGUUCGAUAGCGAACCUUCCUAUUACCGAGAGAUGGUUCAAUUAGACCAGAAAGCAUACGAGAAGCUUUUGAAAGAAGAUUUGGUCUGUUGGAAGUGUGAGGCCCCGAUGAAAAACAUACCGACAUUGAAAGCACACUUACAGGAGGAGUGGAAUGAAGUAUCCAAGCGAGAAAAGCGGAGGGCGGAGAGGAAAAGAAAACAAGAAGAGAAACAGUUGCUAGAAACCGCUGAUGACUCGACGAGUGAAUUCGAACGCACUGAGAAGAAAGUCAAGCUAGACAGCUGAAUUACUAUCAUCGUAGCGGAUACGCAUGCAUGCAAGAUGGUUACUUAUGUACGAUUUGGUACACAGUGAUCUUUACACAAGUUCUUUGGGUCAACUUCUGCGCUUGUCUACAAAUGAUAGAUACUAAUUUACAAGCAU